ACGCACGUCAUCUCAUGCGUAAUUGACAACCGCAAAUAACCGAUAAUUAUAAACUGAGGAGUGAUUCACCAGGAUCUCGGGAGACUCGUUUAUCAAUUUGUAAUGAAAGGAUUGAGUCAAUGAAAUUGUGAAUGAGUCGUAAAUUACGUCAUGCUUGCAUUAAUUCAAAAAUUUGGGGUGAAGUCCCUCGACGAACAAUAUCGAGCGAUAUCACAAAUGAAACGAGCGAGACUGUUUCGUCGGGCGAAGGACACCCGCACUGUCAUUAACCUUAAUGCAGGCCAUCAGACAGAUGUCAAUGUUCACCCCUUGGAGGAGAUUGAGGAGUCCACGAAGAAAUCUAGGAAAAAACGAAUAGAUCUGCCUCCUGAGCCUGACCGAGACGAUUAUUCCUGUGAAAGUAAAUCCAAAAAUAAACUGAAAUUUGAAAAUAUAUCGAAAAAUCUGUGUAAAGACGAAAAUCCGAAGGUACUCGCCAAGAAAACAAGAGCAAAGGUCGACCUUGACUCGAUGAAAGAGGAAUUAAAACAGCUGGAGGACCCCCCAGAGACUGAUCUCGAAAAGGAAAUUAGUGUCAACAGAUUAAAUUACGAGUUCUAUGAUACUCCGUGUGAGGAAUUGGCCCAGAAUUUGCUAGGUAAAAUAUUAGUUCGUCGUUUGGAUAAUGGAAUCGUCCUGAAGGGGAGAAUCGUCGAGACAGAGAGUUACUUGGGUGAAAUAGACGCUGCUUCCCACACCUUCAACAAUCGUGUAACUCCCAGGAAUAUUCCAAUGUACAUGCUUCCAGGAACAAUCUACGUCUACAUGACGUACGGAAUGUACUACUGCUUUAAUAUUUCGAGUGGAGGAAAAGGGGCGGCUGUGCUUCUGAGAGCCCUCGAGCCCUUGGAAAAUACCGAGGAAAUGCAGAAUAAUCGUCUCUCACUACUGAAAUCCAAGAGAACUAAAGACUUUCGUACUCACGAAUUAUGUAAUGGGCCCUCAAAACUCUGUACAGCGUUUCGAAUUAACAAAGACAGCUGCAAGUACUCGCUGUGUACGUGGAAAAAAAUGUGGAUUGAGGAAGAUCCAGGGUAUCCACGAGAGGAUAUAAAAAUAAUUAAAACAUCGCGAAUAGGAAUCGAAAGUGUCGGGGCAGAAUGGUCCAAGAAGCCCCUGAGAUUCUAUAUCUAUGGCAACUCCUCUGUGAGCAAACGUGAUAAAAAAUCCGAAGAUAAUCUCAUCAUUGAUAAUACCUGAAUAUAAAAAGAGGAUUUUUAUUGCACUCAAUUAACUCCUCGUCAACGAGAUAAUUUACACUUCAUUUAUUAUUAAAUUCAAAAAUAAUUUAUAAAAAUUAUCACUGGCCCAUUAUA